AUGGCACCAGCAUCGGACUCUUUCAACCAGACCUCCAACAGAGUCUGUGUAAUGGAUGCAUCAGGCCACGUAGGCACCACCCUCACAGAGCGCCUUCUGCAAAGGGGUUACACAGUCCAUGCUGCCCUUCAGAGCCAUGGUGAAUCGCGGUUGGGUGAGCUUUCGUGUGACAAAAAGAAGCUCAAAGUAUUCAAUUUAGACCCAUUUGACUACCAGAGCAUACUUGAUGCUCUCAAAGGCUGCUCUGGCUUGUUCUAUGCAUUUGAGCCUCCACAAGACCAACCCAACUAUGAUGAAUACAUGGCAGAAGUAGAGGUGAGAGCAGCACACAAUGUGCUAGAAGCAUGUGCAAGAACAGAAACCAUAGACAAGGUUGUGUUCACAUCUUCAGCCACGGCUGUGGUUUGGAGAAACGACCGUAAAUCAAUGACUCUGGAGUUGGAUGAACGACACUGGACUGAUGUCAAUUUCUGUCGCAAUUUCAAGUUGUGGCAUGCCCUAUCAAAAACCCUAGCAGAGAAGACUGCAUGGGCCUUAGUAAUGGACAGGAGCUUGAAUAUGGUGUCUGUGAAUGCAGGGUUGUUGAUGGGUCCUGAUCUGUCCAUCACUAACCCCUAUAUGAAAGGAGCGGCUGAGAUGUAUGAAGAUGGCGUGUUGGUGACCGUCGAUGUAGAUUUCUUGGUGGAUGCUCACAUUUGCGUCUUCGAAGAUGUCUCAUCCUACGGUCGGUAUUUGUGCUUCAACAACAUCAUCAAUCGGUCUGAAGAUGCUGUAGAGCUGGCUAGAAAGUUGACCCCUUCUGCCCCCUCAUAUCCCAAAAGCCAAGAUCAGGAUGAUAUGAUGAUCAUUCAACAGCGGAUUAGCAACAAGAAAUUGAAUAAACUAAUGGUGGAUUUCAAGAGUAAAUCCCAAGAAUGUUGA